CGAGAACCCCGCUUUGAUCGGUGAUUUGUUUCCCUCUACAAAUGAAACUCUUUCUCCUCUCUCCCUAAGGCUUUCUUUCCUUCGCACGUUCAUGGAGUGAGUUUAAUAGCCGACACACCUCGCCUCCAGAGUUAUUCUUUUGUCAAGGGUCCACUACCUUGGCAACCUACAGAUUCCAAUGUCAUUCAAGGUAGAGAAAUCAGAACACAUGAGCCAAGGAAUCUGGCUCAGCCACGUUCCUCGAAGAGAUGUAGAUCAGAAGAGGUUCAUAAUUUGUCUGAAAAGCCCCUUUGCACAGAGAAGGAGUCGGACCAAUGAGAAACUGAAAGCCACUUCUAAAGAUUCUUAUACUUUUGAUGAUGUACAAGAAGCCUUUAAUGAACUUUAUGAUGAAUAUGUCAACGCUUCUAAAAUUAACAAGGAUUUGAAGAAACAACUUACUUCCAUGGAGAAAGAAGUUGAUAAACUAUCAAAAGGCGGUCAAAGAAAGCGUUCCCGCACCGGCAAGAACGUCGCCUCCUCCACCAUCGACGCACAAGUACCUCGACAGGUCGUUCCUUUGGUUCAACGACCGCGCAGAGGCUACGAGGCCGGUUUGCAAGGCGUUACAAUUCCACGGGAGGCACGGGUCAUCCUCCAAGAAGGAAACUUCCUCGACCUACUCUACAUCAAGAAGAACGACUAUCAACCUUUUCUUGUUCGAGCCUUCUACUUGAACUUGAAAAAGGAUGAGGACGGAUCGUUGAUUUCAAACGUCAACGGGGUGGAGAUUUAUUUGAAUGAGGAGAACAUUCAAAUCCUCAUCGGGCUUCGUCGAGACGGACAGGAUCUCGGCCUCUAUGUCAGAGAAGAAGGAGCGCAGUUCAACGAGACCGUACUCUUGGCGGAAGUGGGUAUCCGAAACUUCAUCCCCACUCCCCAGCAGCGGCGCCCUACGAUUGCUUCCAUGAGUCCCGUGUUUCGAUUCAUUUUUUAUGUUUUAACACGGAUUCUCAGACCUAGGAAGUUCAAUCACACCACUCUCUCCCAAGAGGACACGAAGACGCUCCAUGCGAUAAUUCACAACACCAACAUCAAUUGGUUUAAAUUUGUGAUGACUCACAUGUUUAGCGCCACCUCUGACGAUCGGCCGCUCCCCUACGCCCUCCUCGUCAUGGCGAUUCUUGAAGAGUAUAACAUCAAAACCGAUGUUGGGCCAAAGAUAAAGGGGACAAAGCAUUGGGAGAUUAAUGAAUCCUCUUUCCACUGGGCACCGACGAAACUCCGUUUCGACAGCCUCGUCCACGCCGCCAACCAAGGGCCACCGCUUCGACCAACCCUUUUCUUGCCGAGCAAAUGGCAGCCUUGACCGCCACUCUCUCUCGGAUUGCCACCAACGUCUCCCAAACGGCCCAAAAUGUAAAUAUUUUGAGCCGAGAGCUUCACGGAUGACAUAUAUAUGCUUCACAUAUAUAUUUUGGAAUGAUUUCAACAUAUGGAUAAAUAUAUAUGUUCAUGUAUGUAUGUGAUGAAUGAUUCGACAAGUCUAACGCAAGGGUACAGACCUGGAAAUCAUCGGCCAAAACCUUACGGAUGAGCGGGAGUGGAAACAACAUCGAAAUUCACCAACUUUGUCAUUCUCGUCACAAUUGGACAGCCUUCCAUAUUUUGGGCAUAUCUCCAUCGUUUCUUCACGGAAUUGCAAACCGUUUGAUUCUGUGGAUUCCUAAGAUGUAAGGCUAUAACUUUCGU